AUUUCUACCAAACCAUAUUUCACCUACAUCUCCGUGUUCUUUAAAAUUAUCAAGUUCUUCUGAAUAAAUCCUCUCCCAACUGAAACAUAAUUGUGACAUAAAGUAAUGCUUAUCGAGUGUUUCACAUUUACGAAUACGGUUACUCCCGAGGGAGUUAUCGCGGCGACAGCAGAGAGCGUCUGCCGCGCUCUAGGUAUCGAACGCGAGUGGCGCGGCGCUGGGUGCCGCGACGCUUAUAUAAAUGCGCGGCGUCGGCAGGCGCGUUCAGUAUGUGUCAUGCUUUGCGAGCGCGAGCGUCGUCUGUGAUGGCGGCUCGAGUGCGGUUGAAGAUGCAAUGCGGCACCGUCGUAUUGCUCCUCGUUGUCAUCAUCGUGGUGUGUGGUAUGGAUCUUGUGUGUGGAAUGUUCGAGCAUCGCCACUGCAGUCACCAGCAUCCCCGGGCGCACGAGGUUGUUCAUGGCGUUCACAUAGAACCAGCACAUGAAGUGAAAAAGCGGAGUAUCAGUCAGCCGGUUCGGAUCUUGCUAUCGUACGAUGAAAGCGUCUACAGGCUGGAUGAUGAGAAAUUGGACCUCAUAAACAAUACUAUCUUACCUGAAGCCGUACACUUUUGGGAACGAGCACUCAUGGUCCGUGAGACAAAGAGCACUAUUAGAUUGAGCAGGAAAUGCGAAAGUAGUCAAGUGUUCGUCAAAGAUCAUCACACUCACUGUAUAGAUACCUGUCGAACUACUACAAUGUGCGGUGAAGUAGUCGUGCCCGAAGAUCAUCUUGACGUUUGUAGAACAUGUAAUGCAACAGGACAUAAUUGCGGUAUUGCUGAAGGAAGUAGGGCAGGCCCAGGUAUAGAUGGUGCCGAUUUUGUCUUCUAUGUAUCCGCGAUGCAAACUGCAAGAUGCCAUAAAGGAUUAACCGUGGCUUAUGCAGCGCAUUGCCAAACAGAGGCAGCGUUAGAUAGACCGAUAGCUGGUCACGCCAAUUUGUGUCCGAAUAGCAUAAGCACGAAGCCACAGGAACUAGAAACAUUAUUAAGCACGGUGAAACAUGAGAUAUUACACGCACUGGGAUUCUCUGUAAGUUUAUACGCUUUCUACCGAGAUGAGAAUGGUGAGCCUAGAACUCCAAGGAGAAGCGAUACAGGGAAACCGAUGUUAAACGAAAAAUUACAAACGCAUCAGUGGAGUGAAAACACGAUCAAAACGGUCGUUAGACGAUAUUGGCAGGUACACGGUGGUUACGUGGAAAGGUCGAUGCAGAUGAUAGUCACGCCGAGGGUUCGUGCUGAGGCUCAGGCUCACUUCAAUUGUCCAGAACUAGAAGGUGCGGAAUUAGAAGAUCAGGGGGAGGAUGGCACGGCACUGACGCAUUGGGAAAAACGAGUCUUCGAGAACGAAGCAAUGACAGGAACACAUACGCAAAAUCCCGUUUAUUCGAGAAUAACCCUCGCCCUUAUGGAAGACACUGGAUGGUACAGUGCAAAUUACUCAAUGGCUCAAGAACUGGGUUGGGGGAAAAAUCUUGGCUGCGAUUUUUCGAUGAAGUCGUGCAAGGAAUGGAUAUCUUCGAAAUCUUCGCGACUAUCAGGGAAGUCUAUUCAUCCCUUUUGUAACAAAGUAAAACAGGAUCCGUUGCAAACCGAAUGUACCGAUGAUCGAAGUUCGGUGGCGUUGUGUAAUCUAAUUAAAUAUUCAUUGCCUCUGCCUAAAAAGUACCAGAACUUUGACUCUAUCCCGCACGUACCAGCUGGAGAGGAACAAUAUUAUGGUGGUUCAGUAUCUCUGGCAGAUUAUUGUCCGUACAUUCAGGAAUUCACAUGGAGAGCUCGAAACAUAGUAGUUAGAGGCUCUCAUUGUCUCUACGAAGAGAAUAAUCCUCAUCCAGACAAAAACUUUGCUCUGGAAAAGUAUGGCUCGCAUUCAAGAUGCUUCGAUCAUACAAACCAAAUGUGGGAAGAAAGGGCUUGCAAACAAGCUCGGCAAUGGCAGCAUUGGGGUUCCGGAUGUUAUCAAUAUAAAUGUGAAGCUGGUAGAUUACAUAUAAUGGUUGCAAAUUACACAUACACGUGUUAUCAUGCUGGUCAAGAAAUAACUAUCAGAAUAAUACAAAAUGGUUGGCUUCAUAAAGGAGCUCUAAUUUGUCCUCCAUGUAAAGAUAUCUGUCAGGCGGAACUGAAAGAAAAACACGAAUACUGUAAGCCAGGAGAUGAACAUCCACCUGCGACGUAUUAUCACAGAGACACUUUGCAUUGUGCGUCUGCAGGGACACUUACAAAUUUCCCAUUAUUUGUUGUUUCAAUUUACUUCUUUGUUUUUAGAUGAUGUGUCAUCUGAUCUAGGUAAUAUUUUUAUCAAUAUUAGAACUAGACCGAGGAAUUAUAAUAACGUACUAUCAGAAUGUCGUGUAAAAAGCGCUUCUUAAUUACGAAAUGCGAAGUGUUUGCUUAACGACAUAGAAGUAUGUUUGGAACCAAGUAAUAGUUUCAUAAUACGAAUAUCAACCGAGGUGACAAUUCUAUUUUAAUAGUUUAUUGUAAAAAGAAAUAUUUCCUCGAUAAUUUUUAUAUUUCUGGACGUAUAAAAAUAUAUAGAAGUACGAAUUUAGAGGUUCGUCACACGCGUACGGUUAAUGUUCACGGUAUUUCGUAUUUUACAUUUAUGGCAAACGUAUUUAUAAUUACAGUGAUAAAUUUUGACAAGGCAUUUUUUUAAGUGCCAAUAGUAAUAAAUAUAUAAAGGCUGAUCUAUUUUUGAUGUAUCUGUUUAUCCCAGAAAAUAUGUUGAAUUGCAAGGAAAUGAAGGAUUUCAAGAGUUAACAAAACCUAUAAUUUUUAAUAUGAAAAGCAACAAUAUAAGGAAGUGAGAGUAUAAGAUAGAUGUGACUCUACAGAUAAGAUGAUCAUUCAAUAACAUUACUUCAAUUUUAUAUGAUAUCAACCAACUCUUUUCAAUAUUUAAUCUUAUUGUUCUCAUUUACUCUUCGUCGGAUUUUAAAAAUAUAAGAUUUAUAUAUUUAUUGACAAAGUACAAAAGUAUGCAAAUGUAUAAUGUUAUUUUUGCUUUCAUAGAGUACAAUGUUUCUUUUGAGUCACAUAAUAUCAAAGAGAAUUAAAUACCUCCAACUAUGACCUACUGUAUUUUAGACAGUGUAGUUGCAUAUAUUAGGCUCCGAAUUUAUUAGAGUUUUGGAAUAGUUAAUUACUUUUGACUUCUAAAAAUGUUCAUAUAAUUAAAUGUAUUUUAUCGCGUUGUUCUUUUUCUUUAUUGAAAAAACUGAUAAUAGAAAUCCUUUAAGAUCUUAAAGUCUACAAAAUUGCUCUCGAUUUAACAUACAUUCUGAGAUAAAAUCACAUAGAGAUAAAAGUGGAUCAUCCUAUACAUAUAUAAUUACUUACGAUAAUUAUGCCGCCCAUUUUGUUAUCGUCUUUUUCUACGAACAUCACGGUUUUUCACAUUGAAUGUACUGUGUAGUAUCUAGGAAUUUUGCUUCUUUUAUGAAUUGUUAAUAACAGUCAUUCAAUGUCAGUUAGUACUAAAUAGAGACGAAUGAUUACAUCUGAAAGUAUCAAAAUAUCUGUAUAAGUGCCAAUAUAUUACCUGUUUUCAUUUAUAUAACAGCUUUAGUUAUGUUAUUAUUUAGUAAUAUGUGUAAAAUAUCUUGGUAACCCUUAUUCAUCUUUUAUGUACUCACAAGAAUCAUAUUUUAUUGUUAAUUUAGAAGUACAAGUAUAAUAUAGCGACCAUAUUCUUUUUUAUGGAUGCAGAGUUACAUAAAUUGAAUUUUAACCAAUUUUUUUAUGAGAUAAAAUGACUGUUGUUGUAUGGUAACAUUCAAUCAUUUAUAAAAGCUUGUAAUAUACAUACACAGUUGUAUUUCUUAAAAUAUCUAAGUUUUAAUACAUUUACAUAUUUUAUGUACUUUGUAGUAUUAAUUAAUGCUACAAUAUGAAAUUCAUCACGGAAUAUUUUUUAUUCUCUUAUUUAAUCAUUUUUUGUGUAAAAACCAUGCAAUUGUAGUACAUUUUACAUCAGAAAGUGAAUAAGGGUUAAACAAUAAACUCCUUGCUAUAAUUUCUUAUUGUUACCUCGGAAAUAAUUUCAGUUACAAAUUAUAAAAACGUUUAACUGUAAUUACAAAGCUUAGACGUGUUAUUACAAAGUGUUAUUACAAAGCAAAGUUACGUUGUUUAACAUCGAACUUCUAAUAUAAAUUUCAAAUUUGAUAAUUAGUAUUAUACAUACAUAUCUGUAUAUUUGUUGUUUAUUUUCUAUUCCUGCAUUUGAAUUCGUUUUAUAGCAUUUGCAAUACCUAAAGAAUUGGGCGAUACUGAAAAACGAAUUUAAUUUUUAUACAAUUAAAGAAAGAUGAUACGAGUUUUGUUUUUAUAGUUAGAUUAUAAUAAAUAUCAUAUCCUUAAGUAUAGGAAAGGUAUUGAGAGAAUUCAGCAAGAAAUAAGAACGUCUCGCGGUAGGUUGUUCUGAAAGUGCUGUGCGUUUAUAAAAAUAUCAAUAAACGUAAAUGACAUUUCUAAGAAAUAAGCGCUAGAGAGUAAGCUGUAAAUAUUUUACGACUACGUAUUUAAUAAAUAAGAAAACAGAAGAAUUUUUAUGAACAUGAAAGAAUAUAUAUUCACGAGAAAACAAUUAUGCGAAUUGUUUCUUUAUAUUAUAUCUAUGCAUGAAACAUGAACAUUUUGUACACGUUACAAAGAAAUUUUAACAUUCCACAAAAGAUUUCAAGUUCAGAACAAUUAAUAACAUGUAAAUUAUUAAAUAAUUAAUUACAAAAGACUUAGAAAGUUAAUAUACUUGUAGAUAUAAAAACAUAUUGCUUCAUCACGUUAAAAGCUCUCACAGUUUACAGAAGAGAUUAUGCAAAGUGUACUUAUCUAUCAAAUUAUUUUUCUCGGAGCUGCAGUUGUGGCAGUAUUAAUGUGGUGAAACUUAGUAAUUGUUUUCCUAUACAUUCCAAAGCAAGUAACGAUAAUUUCAGAAAUUAAUGUAAUAAAAUUCCUCUUGAUGUAUUUAACAAUUUGUAACAUAAUUGUGAAAUUAUUUAGCUUAUUACUUUUUGCCGAAUUUUUAAGAUCAUCAUAUUAAUUCUUUCAUAUCGAUGUUCAAUUUGAAAAAACGUAUUCUGUAUAUUUAUUCUGUGGAUUAAAUUCGUUUUCAAAUUGAAAAAUAAUUUUUACUAUUUCUUUUUCUCCAGCAAUAUUCUUUGAACAAAAAUUUAACUCAGGUAUGAUCAUUUAAUUAACUUUCGUAAAUAAAUAUUGUUAUUAGUGAAUCGAUUGUAACUAGUUAAUUGAGAAAAUGUACGAAAAUGUCCAUCGUUUUUAAUGAAAGGCAAGAAAGGAUAGAGCUCUUUCUGUUAUUAAAAAUUGCAUUCUUAAAGCUAUCAAAUAAAAUAUCGCUAUGAAAGAAUUAAAUUAAACGAUAUUGUGUGUUAAGAAAAUAGCACCGUUGUUCGGUGUAUAAUAACGACACCAACGACUGAAUAACAAAUUUACGCUUUUCUAACAUAAUGAAUGUUAAGUGCGGAAUAUUAUACAAAUAAUGCAGAACGAGACUAAAUACGUUUUAAUAACAUUACAAGGCCCAAUUAAUAAUUAUUAUGAAAGAAUGUGAAAGCAUAUACUGCGUGUGAGAGCGUUCACAGGACCUAUAAGAUAUAUGUACCAUAAAAUCUAUUAAAAGUUAGAAAUACCGCUGUAAAAUCUUUAUCUGAUUAUCUAAUAUAAAAGUAGAUUGUUGUAUGCGACAACAGAAAAGUACAGGGGAAGAACGUGAUAUAUGUAUAAAUUACAUUUUUUUAGUUUCUUGUCUUUUUAGUACAAUAGUAAUUUUAAAAUAAUAAAACCAUUUCAUUUGUACGUGUAAAAUAAAGUGACAGUUUGAGUUACGAA